AUGUCUAUGUUCACACGAUCAAUCAAGCCAUAUCUCAAAACUACAUUUCUCAACUCAAGGCGAGAUCUUUUGGUUAGCCCUGUAUACACUCUCCUUCGAGGGCGCAAUGGGCCAAAUAUAUUUGGGUCUCGCACAUACGCGGAUAAAUUCGAGCGGACGAAACCCCAUGUAAACAUAGGUACUAUUGGUCAUGUUGAUCACGGAAAGACCACACUGACUGCUGCCAUUACUAAAAGACAGGCCGAAAAAGGCAUGGCGAGUUUUCUUGAAUACGGAGCGAUUGAUAAAGCCCCUGAAGAGCGAAAACGAGGAAUUACAAUUUCGACUGCGCACAUUGAAUAUUCCACAGAGGCUAGACAUUACUCACACGUCGAUUGUCCUGGACAUGCGGAUUACAUCAAGAACAUGAUUACUGGGGCAGCUAAUAUGGAUGGUGCCGUUAUUGUUGUCGCUGCCUCCGAUGGUCAAAUGCCACAAACUCGUGAGCAUUUACUGCUGGCUCGUCAAGUAGGAGUGCAAAAAAUAGUUGUCUUCGUCAAUAAAGUUGAUGCUCUAGAAGAUCCUGAAAUGUUGGAGCUUGUCGAAAUGGAAAUGCGGGAAUUACUUUCAAGUUACGGCUUUGAAGGUGAAGAGACUCCCAUAAUCCUCGGCUCAGCUCUUUGUGCACUCGAAGGUCGCCAACCAGAAAUUGGUACAGAAAAAAUUGAUGAACUUCUAGCUGCAGUAGACACAUGGAUUCCUACCCCCAAACGCGUGCUUGACAAGCCAUUCCUCAUGUCUGUGGAGGACGUUUUCUCCAUUCCUGGUCGCGGUACCGUGGCCUCAGGGCGUGUUGAGCGUGGAAGACUCAAGCGCGAACAGGAAGUUGAACUUGUUGGAAAAAAUGAAGUGGCUAUUAAGACAAAAGUAACAGACAUUGAGACUUUCAAAAAAUCUUGCGACGAGUCCCGAGCAGGUGAUAAUUCUGGUCUAUUACUCAGAGGUAUCAAGCGUGAAGAUGUCCGUCGUGGUAUGGUAAUUAUACAGCCAGGUACUGCUAAGGCUCACAAAAAGUUCCUAUGUUCCAUGUACGUCUUAACUAAGGAAGAAGGUGGGAGACAUACAGGCUUUCAAGAGAAUUAUCGGCCACAAAUAUUUCUCCGGACAGCAGACGAAGCAGCAGCAAUUUACUGGCCAGAGGGAACAGAAAAUGCGGCGAGCAAGAUGGUUAUGCCUGGCGACAACGUUGAAAUGAGAUGCGAAUUACACAAUCCAGUAGCUCUCGAAAAUGGACAGCGCUUUAAUAUUCGAGAGGGUGGAAGAACUGUCGCUACUGGUCUCAUCACUCGUAUUUUGGAAUAG